CAAUCCACCAUAAAUUUUCAUUUUGACAGCCUGAACCAACUAUUGCCCAUAUAUUACGUAAAUCCAUAGUUUUUAACUUAAAUUUGAUUACAAGGAUUUCAAGAAAAUGCUGAAAGUGGCGACAACUUUGAGAUUAGUCUCAAAUCCGGGCAAUCAGGUACGAUGUUUAGCCACCGCCGUUGGAUAUAAGCAGGCGUUAGUCAAUGUUCCGCCGACAAAGCUCACAGUUCUUGAUAAUGGUAUCCGCGUUGCCUCGGAAGAUUCCGGUGCCCCUACUGCCACCGUAGGUCUGUGGAUCGAUGCUGGCUCCAGAUAUGAAACAACUAAGAAUAAUGGGGUCGCUCAUUUUCUCGAGCAUAUGGCUUUCAAAGGUACCAGCAAAAGGUCACAAACUGACUUGGAACUACUCGUUGAAAAUAAAGGUGCUCAUUUGAACGCUUACACUUCUCGCGAACAAACCGUAUUCUACGCUAAAUGUCUCGCGAACGACGUACCAGUCGCUGUUGAAAUCCUUGCUGAUAUUAUUCAGAAUUCAUCUCUCGCUGAACCCGAAAUCGAACGAGAACGAGGUGUCAUCCUACGAGAAAUGCAGGAUGUCGAGAGCAACCUUCAAGAGGUUGUAUUCGACCAUCUCCACGCCACAGCCUUCCAGGGCACACCACUAGGUCAGACCAUACUUGGACCCACCAAGAACAUUAAAAAGAUCUCUAAGUCUGACCUCCAGACAUACAUUAAAUCUCACUAUCAACCUGGUCGCAUUGUCCUCUCUGGUGCAGGUGGAGUUGAACAUGAAAGAUUGGUUGAACUUGCCAAUAAGCAUUUCAGUGGAUUAAAGAACACAAGUUCUGGAAUAGAAUUGACCCCUUGCCGUUAUACAGGCUCGGAAAUUCGUGUCAGAGAUGACUCAAUGCCACUGGCACAUGUUGCCAUUGCUGUAGAAGGUGCUGGAUGGACUGAUGCUGAUAACAUCCCUCUGAUGGUAGCCAACACCUUAAUCGGAGCGUGGGACAGGUCUCAGGGUGGUGGUGGCAACAAUGCUUCUACUUUGGCUCGUGCUGCUGCUUCUGAAGGCCUUUGCCACAGUUUCCAAUCCUUCAAUACAUGCUACAAGGACACUGGUUUAUGGGGUAUUUAUUUCGUUGCUGAACCCCUUCAACUAGAAUAUAUUUUGUACAAUAUUCAAAAUGAAUGGAUGAAGUUAUGCACAUCUGUCACUGAAGGAGAAGUAGAGCGUGCAAAGAACUUGUUGAAAACCAAUAUGCUUCUCCAACUUGAUGGCACCACACCAGUCUGUGAAGAUAUUGGCCGUCAGAUCCUGUGCUAUAACCGCCGCAUCCCUAUUCAUGAAUUAGAUGCCCGUAUUGAUGCAGUUACUGUACAAAAUGUCCGUGAUGUUUGCUAUAAAUAUCUAUAUGACCGUUGCCCUGCUAUCGCGGCCGUAGGUCCUACAGAAGGUCUGCCCGACUACACUAGAAUCCGUGGUGGAAUGUACUGGCUCCGAGCAUAAAAUGUAGUAGUGUAUUUUUAGAAUUGUUAUUUAAAUCAAAUAAGAUCAAGAAAACACAUUAAAAUGCUCACCCAAUGUCUGUUGUUUUAUUAAAUUAAAACAAAACGUCUUGGUGAUUAACAUGUAUUUACUAUAGGAGAAUAAGUAAAUAAAAUGUGUAUGUAAAUAAAACAAUUUGUUUUUGUAUCA